GGUCGGUUCUCAGGUUUUCAGCACACGUCCGGAGCGGGAGAGCCCUUCAAUAGCCGGGCCUGGCCGGGAGGCUGGAUCGCGAAGGUUGCGAUUCCCUUUGUCCACGCACCGCAGCGAAGGGGCGGGCCGCGUCGGUUGCCGCCCCGGAAGCGGAAGUGAGGGCGCCGCGGGAUCCUGUCCAUUGCUAGCUCUGCCCGGCGUCAGUCGUUCCGCCUGCCGGUCACAUUGCACCGGUUUUUACCACGGGUCUGUGUCUCUCGCCGGCCCCACCAUGCUGUCUCUAGAUUUUUUGGACGACGUGCGGCGGAUGAACAAGCGGCAGCUCUAUUAUCAGGUCCUAAAUUUUGGGAUGAUCGUCUCCUCGGCGCUAAUGAUCUGGAAGGGGUUAAUGGUCAUAACCGGAAGUGAAAGUCCCAUUGUAGUGGUGCUCAGUGGCAGCAUGGAGCCCGCGUUUCACAGAGGAGACCUCCUCUUCCUCACAAACCGAGUCGAGGACCCCAUACGAGUGGGAGAGAUUGUCGUUUUUAGAAUAGAAGGAAGAGAGAUUCCUAUAGUUCACCGAGUCUUGAAGAUUCAUGAAAAGCAAAAUGGACAUAUCAAGUUUUUGACCAAAGGAGACAAUAACGCCGUGGAUGACCGGGGCCUCUAUAAGCAUGGGCAGCACUGGCUGGAGAAAAAGGACGUCGUGGGCAGAGCCCGGGGAUUUUAUCAGGAGAACAGAUCAGUGGAGGCCAGGAAUGGCCAGGAAUGACCGGUAUGAGGAAGUCCGCGGUUGCACCUGCCUUCGCGUUAUUAACGUGUUAACAGUAACUCCCAUCCAUCACCACUUACUCCCUGCCAGCAACUCAUUUAAGUGCUUGAGGAGCAUCGCUUCUUGCUAACUUCAGGACAACCCUAAUAUUUCCAUUCUAUAGAUGAGGAAACAUGGGCGAUUCGGUUGUUUCUCUAAGGUCGCACUGACGGGAAGGGGCUGGCUGACCCCUCGGGCCACUUUCUUAGCCGCCACCCCCAAAUCACAAGCACAGCAGUUGCUAAAUGGGGGGCUGCUGGUCCUCCCCCCCAGAUGUACCACUGGCCUGGAACGGACAGUGUGGGUUCAGGCGGUUCUCACGACACACAAACUAACCACUAAAAUUCUGUGGCACACCAAAAGGUAGAUUUUUUUGCCAAUCUGAAGAAAGAAAAUGGUGUAAUUUUGAUUCAUUCACAGCAGGCACAUCAGCCUGUGAAAGGCGAGACGUUUGCACUGGAAUAACUUGUCCUCUGACAAGUUUUUGAAAAAUUGUAAACUGCAUACAGUGUCGUUUCUAAAAUUCCACAUCAAAGAUUUAGACCUUCCUGUGGCUUUUGGUAAAGAGCGUGGUGGCCGGGUGCUCUCUGACACGAGCGACCUCCCUUGGGGUGGGACCUCGGCGCGAGCAGCAAGGCCACAGCAUGUUCAUGGCACAAAUCCACUUGCCAUUGAUUGUACCACCACUUAACCCUGACACGUAACGGGGUACCUUGCCUCCUUUUGCGGAAAUUGUGUUUAUAAAACCCUAAACUGGUAUUUCAGAGUCAGGCUGUGCCCAGACCUUGAGAGUAGAGCUUUCUCGCAGAUCAUUCUGUACUGGUGCAAAUGUCAAUGUGCAUUUAAAAAUUUUCUUUGAAAAGCUGCCUGUACACUAAAAAUUUUACACUGAGGCCAAAGGCCCUCAGGAAAACAAGUUUAAAAAGCCCUGGCUGGUGCGGCUCAGUGAAUUGAGCGUGCCCACCUGCAAACCAAAGUGUCCCCCCCUCCGUUUGAUUCCCAGUCAGGGCACGUGCCUGGGUUGCAGGCCAGGUCCAAGGUAGGGGGCGUGUGAGAGGCAUCCGCACAUUGAUGCUUCUUUCCCUUUCUCCUUGCCUUCCCCUCUGUCUAAAAAUAAAUAAAUAAAAUUUAAGAAAAAACUUGGUUGAGAUAUAUAAUUCACAUGUAUUGGAAUAUAAAAUUCACCAUUUUAAAGUGUACAGUUUGUUGGGUUUUAGUCACAAGACGUGCGCUGCAGCCGUCCUCACUGUCUAAUUCUAGAACAUUCCCACACCCCAGAAGGAAAGCUCAGUGCUCAUUUGCAGUCACUCCCCAUCUCCUGUUCCCUGCAGCCCCUGGCAACCACCCAGUCUGCUUUCUGUCUCUAGAUUCUUGCCUGCUCUGGACAGUGUAUAUAAACAGAAUCUUACACCGUGUGGUCCUUUAUGGCUGGCUUCUUUCAUGUAGCACAGUAUUUUCAAGGUUCAUUCAUGUUGUGACAUGUAAGGGAAACAAUUGUAGACAGUGAGAUGAACGCCGAACCAACUACGUCACGGGUGAUUCUGACUUGGGGAGUUGGACACUAGAGGACCCGCUGGUCCAAGGCAAGUCGACGGCAGCAGGAGGAGAAAAGAAUGAGCUGGAGGGGUAGGGAGGCACCUUGACGUGGAGGAGAGGAAUAAAAGCAGAUGGAAGGAGUGAUGUAAUGGAGCUCUCUGUUGGCUUUAUGGAGGCUUUUGAAAUGUACUCUUUACUGAACUUGAGACAGGUUAUUUUGGGAUAGCAACAAUGAUUCUCUCUAAGUCAGGUAUUGGGGUGCAGACUUCCCAGACAUAGGUCCCUUUUAACGCCCGACAAAGGAGUUCUCACCUCAGCCGUCUUAGGUUUUGCUCACAUUACUCCCGCAGAUCAAGGUGCUCCCCUGCAUCCAGGGUGGCAAGGGGAGACCAGCCUUCGGGGGAAACGUGUCCACGGAUGCCUCAAACAGACUGCGUGGUCACUGGGCGCCCGAGGUGGUGGUUCUGUGGAGUUAGGAGGGAACAGUGAAGGUUCUGCCCAUGAGGCUGGCUGUCGGCUGGUCAUCAGACCAGAACCAGCAGCGUGAUAGUGUCUUAAUAGAAAUUACAGAUGAUUUUAUGUCUUUUAAUCUGCAUUUUACUGUCAGGUGUUUUAUUUCCUUCACAUUCUUAAAUUUGAUGAUUUACCUUUUUUGCAUGCCCUUGCCUUUAUGAAGGUGUUAUAAGUGAGACAAACAACAUUACACCAAAGAGUUACCACAUUAAAAAGAAACACAUGUAUUAAAGGCAUGGAGAACAUCUACCUACUCUCCUUUCUUAGCUGUGCCUGCCCGUGGUGACUGUCAUUUUCAGCUCUGAGAGUCCCAGGGGUGGGACCCGAAGGGUAGGCCUUGCGAGGGGUCACUCUCUGCCACCACCCGUCUGUUCCGUGCGUGUCUGUGCUGCCUCUGUGCUGCUUGGACCUCAGUGUGCCGAGGCGUCGCUUGGGCCCUGCCUUGCAGGGACGCUCUGACUCAGGAAACCUGGGGACGAUGUAGUGAUCUGCACUCUUCACAAGCCAGCCAAGUGAUUCUGACAAAGGAGGUCUAGGUUUAAAGGAACUU